UGUGCUGCAAGCGUCAGUAGCAGUAAAGAUGCAGAAGUUCAUGUUCUCAGUUCUGCUUUCCGCAUGGUUCCUCACAAUUGCAAGUGUUUCGAGUCUUGUGCUGAAUCAAAGUUGUACCACACCCGGUGGAAACCACGGUCGCUGCGUUCCGGUGCGCAGCUGCAAAUUUUCAACAGAAAUUCUUCGCAAAAAUGACUUUACAGCCGCCGAUCAACGAUACUUGGAGAGUUUUCGCUGUGGUAAGCUGCCUGGCAGUGGUGAGGUACUGACCUGCUGCCCAAGACUACAUAGUGAAGACAACUGUGGUCAAUUGACGAUGCAUGAUAACAUCCUGGGAGGAGAGGAAACCGAACCGGAAGAGUUUCCUUGGAUGGCUAUGCUUGGCUACAAGGACAAUACAGGCCGUAUAAUGUAUGGCUGUGCAGGGACACUGAUCAACGAACGGUACGUCGUGACGGCUGCCCAUUGUAUCAUUAAUUCACGGGUUCAGAAAUUGGUUGAAGUUCGGCUUGGUGAGUGGGAUAUGGACACUACUAAGGAUUGCACAACAACACGCUGUUUUGUGGACUAUCAAGAUGACUACCCCAUAGAGAAAAUUAUCGUUCAUGAGGGAUACUCUUCCCGGCAACUAAACAAAGAGCAUGACAUUGCGCUUCUUAAACUAUCCACCGCUGUUGAAAGAACGGCACUGGUAGCUCCGAUAUGCAUACCUACACUUGAGAUGGCCAAUUCACUGAAGCUUGUUGGAGAAUCCUUCGAUGUAUCUGGCUGGGGAAAGACCGAAAAUGGAUUUUCAAGUCGCCGGAAAAUGAAGGUGACCCUACUCGGGCAAAACAUGACCAUGUGUAAUGCAGCGUUUGCUGAGGCUGGUGUGACCUUCACCGCCAAUCAGCUCUGCGUCGGAGGAUUGGGAGGGAAGGAUUCCUGCAAAGGCGACUCCGGUGGACCGCUGAUGGCAAUUUUGGAAAACCGUUGGCACCUGGUGGGGAUUGUGAGUGUCGGUGCAAAAAUGUGCGGUUCAGAGGGAAUACCGGCCAUCUGUACUCGAUUAGGAAGUUACCUGGAUUGGAUGGUGCAAAAGAUCGAGCUGGAAGGUCGAGUGAGUUAGGAACAAUUCGUUAGAUCAAUUAAGAUCUUGUGCAUUAAAAAACCAUAUUCGAUUUGCAUUAAGAAGCUUUGUGGUAAUGCCCUUCGGAAUAACAAUAUGACAUUCAAAACCGGUUUCUUCAAUUCGGUCACACUGCAAAGUGUACUAGGCUAGAGGAAUCGGAAGAUGAAGACAUUAAGGGGAGGAAACUGGUUUCAAUCAACUCAAGCGCUCACUAGGAUAUUUAGAUGAACUACAGUCAGGAAUCCUUAUUGCCGGGUAAACGGAGGCGUGUGUAAGGAACUGCGAAUACUCACAGCUUAUGGGAUUUUUACUAAUAGGGACUGUGGUGAAUUAUCUCAUUUGUUUCAAUUUAUAAAGCUACACUGUUUUCGAUAUAGUUCAUGUACUGGGUUAGGCCAACAAGCCUGAUUGAUUUAAUGCAGGUUUAAUUGGGAACUACACCGCUCAUAUGACUUCUGACGGGCACUAUAAUAUAUGGAAUUUGGGUCCAUCGCAGAAUAUCAUCGCAGAAGUCAUGGUCAUGGAAAUUUGCUGUCUCGAGCAAAGUUGUUUAGGUGACAAAGUCCUUUCGGUUGGUGGCCAUAUUAGUGCAGAAAUCUCUCACUACGUGGCACUAGUGUGCAUGCGAGCUUCCUGGAUAUGUUAUGUCUUGAAAGCCUGCUCAUAUAAGGUGUUGCUAUGCAAUGUUAGUAUUUCCGGAACAGAGGAGGUGUGUAGAGGUCGGAUAUCGGUGUAAGAAUCAAAGAUGACAGCCAUCUGUUAAAGAAAUACUGUCAAAUACCCUACAAUAUGGGUAUUUU